UUACAAAGAACAGCAUAACGAUGGGCUGGCUUUCCAGUAUCACAGGAGUUCGCGAACGAGCCGCUCUGAAAGAACUCGUCAUCAACCGCGCCGAGUUACGCUAUCCUUCAGUUGUCAGUACAUGGCGUCAGCAACACGCAAGACAACAUUUUCAGGUCCAGCAAAGCGCUCCCGGUCCUUUCAUUAUUCGUGUAAUCAAAUACGAUGGACCUGAAGUCUGCGUCUUCAAAGCUGCUCUUAGCAGUUAUCUUGGCUCCAAACUGUGUGAAAGCGAGAUCAAGACUUCGAAGGUGAAGGCUUUGGAGGAUUUGGCAAGGAUGUUGGAGUGGCGGGACUGGUAGCACGAAUCGGAUUGUAGCUGCUUUAAUACAACGGUGAAGCUCGAACAGGUCG